AUGUCUUCAUCCAGAGCCUUCAUCAAAAGUGCCUUUUCCCCGCUUCGCAACGUAGCCAUGCUACAGCUUUCCGGCCACGCGACACCCGUUUCAGGCCAAAAGGAGGAGCGGGUGGGUUACCUAGAUAUGUCUCACCAGCGACCUCGGGUUUGCCACAAUCCUGACAUGCGUCGGGAACAGGAACGCCUUGACACCUUUCAGAAUUGGACUCCUGCACCAGUAAGUCCAGCCGAGCUUGCCAAAAGUGGUUUCUACUACCUUGGUCAGGGCGACAGAGUGGCUUGCUUCAGUUGUGGAGGCCAGCUUAGCAACUGGGAACCGGGAGAUCGUGCAGUAUCAGAGCACCAGAGGCAUUACCCCAACUGCCGCUUUGUUAGAGGUGACCGAGCAGAUAAUGUACCUUUAUCUAGCCUUUUCAAUGUAUCGGCAAUGCAACAGUGUGAAGAAAGGUUGCUCACAUUUGUCUACUGGCCCUCAAGAAUAACUGUUCGACCAGACCAAUUGGCUAAGGCUGGUUUUUACUAUGUUGAACAUGCCAAGUGGUUUCCAAGAUGUGAAUACCUGUUGCAAGAAAAGGGCCUAGAGUUUGUUCAUCAGAUUCAAGCAAGAUUUCCAAGACUAUUUGAACAGCUAUUGACUAAUGGAGAUUGCGACUCAAGACAAUUUGUUAAUCCGCCUGUGGGUCCUGGAGAAGACCGUUCAGAAGAUGCAGUGGUGAAGUCUGCUUUAGAGAUGGGAUUUGAUUUUGGCCUGGUGAAGCAAACCGUUCAGAGCAAAAUUCUCGCAAGUGGAGAAAAUUACAAAACCAUUCAAGAGUUGGUAUCUGAUUUACUAAGUGCAGAGGAAAUGGCAUUAGAUGGUUUUACUUUUCUUAAGAAACAUCAUCUUGCCGUGUCACUGCGCCUAAAAAGUGUGCAGAGCUUAAUGGACCAUCUUCUAGAGGAGAACGUCAUCUCACAGAAAGAGUAUGACAUUAUUCGUAACUGCGCUACAGUCACGCAGCAGACAGGGCAGCUCAUUGAGUUAGUCCUGUCGAAAAGAAAUGCAGCAGCAGAGGUCUUCCUCAACUGGAUCAAGAAGAAUGAUGUCUGCCUGCUGAGAGAACUGAUGGCCCAGACAAAUGAAGCUGCAUCCCCGAGUCAAGAUCUUUCAGACUUGCCUAUGGAGGAACAGUUAAGAAGACUUCAAGAGGAGCGCACAUGCAAAGUUUGCAUGGAUAAAGAAGUGAUCAUUGUCUUCAUCCCCUGUGGUCACCUAGUUGUGUGUAAAGAAUGUGCACCUUCUCUGAGCAAGUGCCCCAUAUGUAGAGGCUUGGUCAAAGGAGCUGUCCGUACUUUCCUAUCAUAA